AUGGCUCAGGAGAAGAUGGAGCUGGACCUGGAGCUGCCAACAGGCACUGACGGGGUUGGCCUGCGGAGGUCCAACAGCGCGCCUCUCAUCCAUGGGCUCAGUGAUAAUUCACAAAUAUUCCAGGCUGAUAUGUUAAGAACCAGAAGGAACAGUACUACAUUUUUAAACCGGCACAACCUG